AAUGUUAAAAGAGAUGAAAAAAUUAGGAAUAGGAAUAACAAAAUCUUACAAUGGAAUUACAACUGAAGAAUUAAAACUUAUUUUAUAUUAUGAAGAAUUAUCUUCAAAUAAUCCUGAAGAUACAAAUCAAGAGUUUAUAUUUCGAAAAUUUAAACAAAAAAAUGAUCAAGGUGGUAUUGAAGGAAAUCAAUAUGACCUCGAAAUUCCGUUUCCAAAAGAUAUUCCAAAUCAAGCUGAACCUAAUGCAGAUAUUCGUAAAUUUAUUUCUUUAAGACCACCAAAUGGUAAAUCUAAAGAAUUUUAUUUGGGAAUUUCGCAAAAUACAUCAAGAUUAUGGUAUUAUGACAAACCAUUAGGAGAAAAACGAAUUUCUGGUUUAUUUAAAGAAAUUUGUACUGUCUGCGGAAUUAAUAUUAAUGGUCGAAAUAUUUCCAACCAUUUGGGUCGCGAUACAUCGAUACAAUCUAUAUUUGAUGCUGGAAACGAAGAAUUAGAAGCAAUGGCAAUAUCUGGACAUAUUUCUUCUUCGGUUGAUAAUUCUAAUCAAAAUAAUAAAACGAAUGAUAAAAUCGAUUGUGAAAUAAAUAAUGAAAAGUUACCAAAAGGAUUUGUAAAAGCAUCAAGUUUGCAUACCAAAAGACUGUUCAAAGAAGUCUAUAUUUUAGAAGCAAGAAAAAUCAAAAUGAACAACGACACUGAUCCUGCGGAAAUCGAAAAUAUGAAUGUCACAGUAGUCACUAAUGAUAAUGUUGAAUUCAAAGUUGAAAUGCCAAUUGCUCGUGUUUUAUUUGGGGACUUAUUUGGAGGUGUGUAUUUCAUUCUUUCAUAUACGGAUAGAGUAGAAGUAGGAUAUCACGAUGAUAAUUGGAAAGAUGUUAAUGAGACCGGACAAUCAAUUCCACUUCCGAAUAUCGACGAAAAAAUAUUUAGAAAGAUUCUCGAGUGGUGCGAGUAUCAUGCUGAAAACCAUGAUGAUGAUGAGAUGGACGCUUGGAUAGCAAGGUUCUUUAUUGUCGAACAGGAUAUGCUUUUUAAUAUCAUUGCUGCUAACUACUUGGGCAUCCAGAAAUUAAUAGAUUGUGGUUGCAAAACUGUUGCAAACAUGAUCAAAGAAAAGUCACCAGAAGAAAUUCGUUCUACAUUCAACGCAGUAAAAGAUUUUUCACCUGAAGAAGAAGAAGCAAUUCGCAUGGAAAAUGAAAGGGAUAAAUGGAAAAGGAGUGGCCGUGAGGAAUUGGUUUGCCUAAAACGUUUAGAUAAUUCCGCCAAGAUUUCAAAUGAUUUUUUUCAAGAGGUUAGGAACCAACUCCAAUUCACUGAUGACGCAAUUCAGAUAUACGGAAUCACAGAAGACACGGAAAAAUGUGAUUAUGCGAUAGUCAUGAAGUAUGCUCCCGGAGGAAGCCUUCGACAGAUGCUUGAUAAAAAAUGUCAGGUUCCUCAAUUGCUUUUGGAUUUAAUCAAUGAAUGCUUGGAUGCAGAAGUCUCCAAGCGACCUUCUGCAGAAAGAUUGAAAGACAUUAUAUAUACAUACCGAGAAGAAUUAAAUUGUAUGAAGGAUACCGAAAUUGUUAGACAAAUUAUAUCUUGUGAGGAAUCUGCAAAAGAUUCCUCAGCAUACGAUCCGAGCAAAACCACGCAAUUCAAUUACACCACACAUGCUCAGGCCAUUUAUACGAGUAAACUUUUGGAUUUUGAAGGCCUUCCCGAUCCAACCAAUGCAAUUGCAGCCGAACAGCUUGAGAUUGAGCUCCCGAGUUUAAAUGAUUUAACGAGUAAGCAUUGA